UCCACGCCUCUUAGCCUACGAGCCGUGGAUCCCAUUAUAUAUAGAGACGUAGACGUAGCUCUGGAAGGACACCUACAGGCUACAGCCAGCGUAUCAGUUAUAGUACGUAGUUAAGCUCGAUAACGCCUUGCGAGAGAGAGGACCACUGCUCGCCGUGUUAAUUAGCUGGCCGGCUGGGUCGACACACCCGUCGAUCGAUGGUGAUCAACGGCGCGCGCGGCCGCGUCGCGCUCCUCUUGCUCGUCUGCGCGGCUGCCCGGCCUGCUUUUGCCGGAGAUGGCCUGCUCCAGAACGGCAACUUCGAGUACGCCCCGGACGGGUCCCAGAUGAACGGCACGCGCGUGACGGGGCCCCACGCGAUCCCCAACUGGGAAUCCACGGGCUUCGUGGAGUACAUCGACUCCGGAACAACCCAGGGCGGCAUGGUCCUGUCGGUUCCCGAGGGCGCGCACGCGGUGCGGCUGGGCGUGGACUCCUCCGUCCGGCAGCAGCUCAGCGUCACCAACGGCUCCUACUACUCCGUCACCUUCAGCGCGGCACGCACCUGCGCGCAGUCCGAGAAGCUUCGCCUCUCCGUCAUCCCCGGCCACGACGACGACGCUCCCAACGAGCUCCCCAUCCAGACGGUCUACAGCACCAGCGGCUGGGACUCCUACUCCUGGGCCUUCAUCGCCGCGCAGGACGGCGCCGUCACCCUCGUCAUCCACCAUGCCGACGACGGCGUCGACGACCCGGCCUGCGGUCCCAUCAUCGACGCCGUGGCCAUCAAGACGCUCACCAUCCCCAACCCUCCUUAUUCCCAAGACGGAAGCGGCGGCAGCAAGAACGACUUGCUGAGGAACGGCGGGUUCGAGGAAGGGCCGUACAUGAUCCCCGGCAGCGCGGCGUGCGGGGUGCUGGUGCCGCCCAUGGACGAGGACGCCGUGUCGCCGCUCCCGGGGUGGAUGGUGAUGUCCUACUCCAAGGCGGUCAAGUACGUCGACGUGUCGGGGACCCGCGCCGUGGAGCUGGUGGCCGGCGUGGAGGCGGCGCUGGUGCAGGAGGUGGAGACGGUGCCUGGGGCGGACUGCAGGAUGGAGUUCUCCGUCGGGGACGCCGGCGACGGGUGCGCCGCGGCCUGCGACGACGACGACGCGAACGGCAACGGCAUCGGCAUGCGCGUGACGGCGGCCGCGGGGGAAGCGAGCACCAGCGUGGCGCACUGCUCCAAGGGUGGAAGGUGGGAGCGCGGGGUGCUGGAGUUCAAGGCCGUGGAGAGCCGCACCCGCGUGGUGCUGUUUAGCGCCGGGUAUCACACCAGGUCGGACGGCAGCGGCACGCUCUGCGGGCCUGUUGUCGACGACGUCUCGCUCGUCUGCGCUUCGUCCACACCGCCGCCUGCUCGCCGCCGGUUGCUUCGUCGUCGUUAAUGCGUUUUGGAGUUUCCGUGACCAAUGGCAUGCAGUCUCUGCAGCAAAUCAUAGUAGUACGCAGCUCUCUCCUCUCUGCAGUAUGCAGUCUCCGUGACCAAUGGCAUUCGAGACGCAAAAAUCUCACAGGGAAUUCUUGGGAAAUGUUUCGUUCUAAACUUGCGUGUUACAUGAUUACAUCAAGGUUAUCAACCGCCGGUGAAAGAAUACUUUGCACAUCAAGAAGUAUUUAUUUUUUC